AUGUUACUGAAAGUCAAGGGAUAUGAUCUCAAAGUAGAGUAUAUCCCAGGAAAGAAACAACUGUUAGCCGACACCCUGAGCAGAGCAGGUAUUGAAGAAACUCCCAAGCAAGAAGAAGAGGAAGAAUUUCAAGUUAACACGAUAGACAAAAUGUCAGUUUCUAAGCCAAAGUACACAGAGUUCCAACAGAAGACAGCCAACGAACUUAAUGAACUCUAUUCAGUGAUACUGACAGGAUGGCCAGACAGCAAAGAGGAAGUACCUCACAAUGUUAGACCGUUUUGGAACGUAAGAGAUAAACUGGUGGUACUCGAUGGAAUAGUCUACCGAGGUAUGAGAAUUGUAGUACCCCAGACAAUGAGAGCAUCAAUGUUAGACGUUAUACAUAACACUCAUCUAGGAGUAGUCAAGUCUAAACAAAGAGCAGGGGAAACACUAUACUGGCCUGGUAUGAGUGCGCAAAUAGAAGAUAAGAUAGCCAACUGCAGCAUCUGUCAAGCAUACGCGACAGCUCAACCGAAAGAGCCCAUGAUAGCAACAAAGCCCCCAGACCUUCCAUGGAUGCAAGUAGCCUCAGACAUUUUCUACUUCGAAGGACACAACUACAUACUAACAGUCGACUAUUAUUCCAAGUAUAUAGAGGUAACCAAACUAACAGACGUGACCACGUCACAGACAAUCGAAGCUUUGAAAGCACACUUUGCUGCCCACGGAAUACCUGAGAAGUUAAUAACAGACAAUGGAACACAAUACUCAAGCUCACAGUUCACACAGUUUGCCAAGGAGUAUGGUUUUGAACAUGUAACAAGCAGCCCUCGUUACCCCAGUUCCAAUGGUGAAGCUGAAGCCGCGGUGAAUACUGUGAAGAGGAUGUGGACCAAAUGCAAAGACAAGCAACUAGCCCUUCUGAACUACAGAGCUACCCCUCUACCAGGUAUCGAACUUUCACCAUCACAGUUACUGAUGUCACGCAGGUUACGGACGACAUUGCCAACAGCUCGAAACCUAUAA